UUAACGAACCCCUAACCUUCCUUUUCGAUGGUUCUUUCUCUGCAACCGUGUGCAGUUUAAUCUCCAUAAAACCUACAAAGAUCAGAGUCUGAUCACCACCCUCAUCUUCCUCAAUCUUCCACAACAAUUAUGCCUCCAAGAACCCAUCUUUCCCUCUGCAAAUUCAUCACCAGACACCCUUUUCGACCUUCUUCAAAACCCAUAUCCCCAAUUCCCAUAAAACCAAUCACAACAAAAUCUUUUCACCCCUUUUGCCACCCCACAACACUCCCACCUUCUCGUUUCAACAAACCCUUAUACCCCCAGUUCAACAUUUGCAGAUCAUACAAUGUGGAAACCGACAAAGUUGUUGAUGAAAUAAACUUGAAGUUUGCAGAGGCAAGAGAGGAGAUUGAGAUGGCAAUGGAGUCAAAGGAGACUGUGUAUUUUAAUGAGGAAGCUGAGUGUGCUCGUGCUGUGGUUAAAGAAGUUCUUGAAAUGUAUGCUGGGUUGCUUUCGAAAUUGCCCGAAAAGGAGAGAGGGGGGAUCCAGAGGUCAAUGGGGCUCAAGAUUGAGCAGUUGAAGGCUGAGCUUGAACAAUUGAAUGAGUGAUGAGGUUUGCUUAUUUGGGUGUGAUUUGGUUUUUAGUUGAAUUUAAAGAAUUUGUUGGUGUUGUUUGUUAUGUUGAUGAUGAUGAUAAAUGACAUAGGGUACUUUUACAACUCACAAGUUUUGAUUAGAUAAAUAAUGAGCAGCAUGAUGAAGUUGUAACAUGUUACACAAUUCGGUUUACGUUCAACGCGUUUUGGGCGAAUUGUUUUGGAUGAGAGCUUAUGAACCUAACGUUAUUUUGUUUA